AGAUACGACUUGCAACUGUUUUAUCGCAUUUCAGUUACUUUUUAUCUGUGACCACAACAUUACAAAUUUCAUAAACUUAAAAUUCUGAAAUAACUAGUUGAAAUGAGGUAACGCUAUCUGGAAACAGUAGAAGCAAUGUGUCCAAGACGGAUUUUUAGAAACAUCUCCUCGUUUGUGGUUUUGUUGUUAAGUAUAACUUCAGUUGUUGGGUUCAUUGAAGUAUCCUAUCAAAAUGGUUACAUUUCAUGUGAAACAAAUGAGACGUCUCCAAUAUACUUCAGAAAUAUCAAUUUAACCCAAUAUAGAGAAAUUCAACUGAGAAGUCAUGACAUAACAAAUGGUCGGUAUGUUUGUGAUCUUGGAGAUGAUGCAAGGUGUGAUCCCUGGUGGACUAUAGGUGCUUGGAGAAAAAAACAUUCCAUUGAGGAACCUUUAAAAGACGAACGUUGGGAAGAUUUGGAAGUGCAUCAAUUAGAAAAUAAAUAUUCUAAUGGAUCUAUCAAAUAUACGAAACUUUGGAGUAUGGACACAGAGACUAAGAUUUAUAUUUCCUUGAGUAUUUCGCCCCAAACAGAGUUAUAUUUUUGCAAUAAAGAUAAUGUUCAGGAUUCACGAUGCCUUUUGAUGACAAUUUCCAAAGACGUCAAAGUACAAGAUUCAGGAAUCAUCUCUAGUCAUCCAUCAACCGAGUUGAACGACGUACUCUGGGCAGAUGGAAAAUGGAGAAAUUUUCUAUGGAAGAUAAAUAGAGAGAAUGGAAGUAUAGAAUUUACCGAAUAUAAUAAUGUGAAGAAUAAAAUAUUCAAGGUUCCAAAUUUCAAUCCAAUACAUUUAUUUGGACGUUCUGAGGGGUCCAAAGAUUUCGUUAAAAUUCAUAGCUAUUAUUUUUUGCAAACGAAAGAAACUGGAAUUCACCAAAUUGGCCCACCAUUUCACAUUACAGGCCAUUUUAUUUGCAUCAGCUUGUACGUUUCUAUGUGUAAAAAUUGUAAGAUGAUAUUCAUGAUGGAUAGUAAUAUAAUUGCUGAAGUUAACUCCUCUGAAAAGGGUAAAUGGAGGAAAAUUUUUUUAAAAAUAUAUCAUGGGCCAGAAACUUAUGAACAACUUUAUGUAUAUACAGUUGUCGAAAACACUACAUACUACAAAUUUUGGGCGUUGGACCACGUGCAAUUGUGUCCAGAUUCAUCAAGAAGAUCCAUGAAGUUAAAAGGUCAAUAUUCAUGCGAACAUGUUACAAAUGCUGGAACUCCUCCUGAGAUCAAUGUGUAUUUCCAUCAUAUUCUUUCUCCGUUCGAAAUCGUCCAGUCCUUUGGCGAGAUAUUCACAAUGUUGACCAUUAUUGACUCUAAUGGUAUAUUUGUCCUGCAUAAUUAUGAUCCUUCUGCAAAUAUUACUCUCAGACCAAUAAACAGCAUUUGUUUUAAAAAAAUGUAUUCGAUAUGCAAAAAAAUUUCCGAUGUUUCCUGUGAAGUCAGCCUUAACUUGAACAAUUUCUGUGAAACUUAUAUAUAUUUGGAGAAGAAUGGAAAGGCUAUCAAUUUAAUCAAGUAUUCACUAGGAAAAGAGGAUUUGAGGUACAAUGUGUCCAGUGCUCCUCAUCCUUUGAAUUUCAGGGAUUAUUACCAUAAUAAUUCUUUUCAAAUUCAAUGGACACAUCCCUCCAUAAAUUCUAGAUAUUUGACAGAUUUCGAAAUAAAAAUUAUUUCGAGGAGUCGGAAAGUAUUUCAAUUGAAGAAGCCCAUCGAAAAAUUGAAGAGGACUUACAAUAUUGUAGUUGAUAAUAUGACAUACGAAUCCUGCUCUGAAUACUUCAUCCAAGUCAUUCCAAUCAAUGAAUUUGGACCUGGUUUCGCAGCAACUAUACUUGAAGUUUUUCCACCGUUUUUACCAUCUAUCGCUAUUAAGAGAGAAGAAUUUGAAGAAAAAGUCGUUUAUACGAUUGAGCCAUUCUUCCACUUAUGUGGAGAAAAAAUGAAUUUCAGCCAUAAUGUUUUCAUUUUGUUUCCUGACUACGAUAUUAACAAGCGACAAUCGGAAGAAAUUGUAGCCUUAGAGAAAAAAUUAGGGAAAAAAUUCCCAAAACUCUAUCGUGUAUUGCAAGAAAUGCCCAUAAACCAAUCGGUUGUGAAUUUUCACCACUCAGUUUAUGUCGACAAUAACGGGCAACUUCUAUUCCUAGAGGUAAUAACUUAUGGAUCAAUGCUGAAAUAUUAUGAACAUAAUAGCUAUGCUCAAAAUAUUAAACAUCAGGAAUCAGGAAUAGAAAUAGCCUUGUUGGAUAUACCAUUUUAUAUGGGGAUAUUAUCAGCAGCAGCAGGAGCAAUGUGCUGUUGGUGGUGUUGUAGCAUCAUCAAAACAUCCAUGAGAAGAAGGACCAAAACAAAACUAGUAAGAAGACAACCAACUAUCGAUCAUAUUUAUUUUGAAGAUGACGAGAUCAAACUAAUGGAUGGACCGUUAAUAGAAAUGAGGACAUUCAAGCCAACUCGUCGACCAAAGGUGGAGAUUCCAGAAGAUACAUCUGGAUUAAGCCCUAUAAGAAUCAACAAAUUUGAGAGAUAUGUAAAACAGUCUAUAACUGACAAUAAUUUGGUAGAACAAUUUGAGUCCCUCCCGAUGGAACUAACGGAACCUUGUGAAGUGGGCAAACUAGACUGCAAUAAACCAAAAAAUCGCUUCCCUAAUAUCCUUCCUUAUGAUCAUACAAGGGUAAAACUACAAAUUUUGAAAGGUAAAAAAGGAAAUGAUUACAUCAAUGCCAACUAUAUAAAGGGAUACAAGAACUGCAAGGCUUUCAUUGCUGCUCAGGGACCAAAAUCUCUGACCAUCAACGAUUUCUGGCAUAUGGUGUGGCAGGAAAAUGUGAAAAAUAUUAUAAUGCUUGUCAAUUUGGAAGAAUCAGGUGUUAAAAAAGUUGAAAAGUACUGGCCAGGUCAUAAUGAAGAUUUUGAGUUUGGAAAAGUUCAUAUAUAUCAUCACACAUCUGAGACGUUGGCAGAUUACGAAAUUCGAGUUUUCAGGCUGGUCUGCGAUGGAAGUGAAAGAAAGGUAUUUCAAUACCACUACCAAAACUGGCCAGAUAAUGGAAUACCAGCUGUUCUUCAAACUUCAGUUCGUUUCUUCAGAAAAACCAUGGAGAUUCAAUCCAAGUCACCAACUUUAGUUCACUGUUGUUCUGGGACAUCAGCAACCGGAGUGUUCAUCUUGAGUCACCUAUGUGUGCAAAUGGCUCAGCAAACCGGCUCAAUCGAUGUUCUGAAAGUAGCGAAAGAACUCAGGAAGCAACGAGUUAACAUGAUCCACAAUUAUACACAGUACAAAUUUGCUCAUUUAUUGAUAGUGGAAUGUUUGUUUGGUCUGCAAGCAACAAUUUAUUGUAAUGAUGAGGUCGAUGUACUUGUGGCAAGAUAUACGGAACCAGAAAAAUUGAGAUUACAAAUGAUGUACCUUGAAGAUCUUUCGUGGCAGUAUAAGGCACUGGAAGAAUUUCCAUCUUAUGAUUACAUAUACACUAUCUAUCCGAACAAAAAUAAAGUACAACAUAUUUUUCCAGAUAUUUCAGGAGCUGUAAUACUUGAUAGGUAUCCUGAUGAAGAUUUGAGAUCCUCAUAUAUCAAUGCAAUAAAAGUAGAUGGAUAUCAAUGUAGCCAAAGAUUCAUUGUAACUCAACAACCUAUGUCAAAUACUCUGAAUGAUUUUUGGAGGAUGAUCCAUCAAAAAAAUGUCAGGGUUAUUGUAUCAUUGAAUGAUAUCAACUUGAAGGACAUGAAAUCCUGUACAUUUUGGCCAACUGAGGAAAACCCACUUAUGUCUCCAGUAGAUUUUAUUUUCGUCAGACAUUGCCUCACAGUUAAAGAAGAAAUUUAUGAUGUCUAUGAAGUGCAGGUGUCUAUACAGGAGAAGCAGAAAAAAGCCGAAUUGUUCAAAGUUACCAUAGUAGAACUGAAAGGAUGGAAGCAGGAUGCUGUACUACCAGAUUGUAUCAAAAAUUUCUUGAGAUUCACUACUUUCGUGAAUUCAAUCACAAGAUGCCUCAAACCCGUAGUGGUAACAUGCUAUGACGGUUGUCUAGCAUCAGGAGUUUAUGUAGCUGCUUCUUAUUUGGUUGAGAUGAUAGAGGUGCAAAAAAGCUUCGAUGUCUGCAAUACCGUAAGGACAAUAAGAAAGAAUAGAAAACAGUUCAUAACAGAUGAGAAGCAACUUGCGUUCCUCUAUGAAGUGUCAGCAGUAUUCAUCAGAGGGUAUCAACAUUAUGCCAACUUUACUGAAUGCAGUGAAAGAUUUUCUAACUGUUAUGAUCAAAUUCAGAUACAUUAAAAAUUUUUGUGGAAACGCAUUUCACCGAUAAGAAAUAUAAUGUUUAUGGCUUGUAAAUUUUUUAAUAUACAUUGAAAA